UGCCGAGUUCGUCGUGAUCUUACUUGUCUUCUUUUAAUACCUCAUCGAAACUUGAUUCUAUUCCGUUCAAUUGAAUCUGCCUGCAACGCAAUACGAUAAUUCAAACACCGGAUACCCUCCUCCUUUACUCCAUACCACAGACUAAAAUUCAAUACGCAACAAUGGCAUCUCGCAUCGCUCUCUCAGCUCGCCCUCUUGCCCGUGGCGCUUUUGUCGUCGGAAGGCAGAAUGCUUUCCUCGGUCGGAGCAUCUCUACCACGAGGACACAAAGCCUGAAGGAGUCCUCUGGACACACCGAUGGCGAGACGCACGAGAAGCACAAGCAAGAUUCUCUCUCCAAGCAGAAGCAGGGCAAGGGCCACUGGAAGCCUGAGCUCGCUUCCGACAGCGAGGAGGCUAUCAAGGCGGAUCGUGACGAGAGCAUUGACCCCAAGAAGUUGCAGGAGAAGACGGCUGGCAAGGGAUCAUGAGGAUGAUUGUUACCUCUGUGUCGCGUCACCUCGCCUCCCCCUCCGCCGGGGGAUGUAGGAAGGCGAUAUGGGAAUGAAGCAGAACACAGCAUGCCUUAUAGGUUUAUGAGCAGACACACUCACACACACACACACACACACACAGGCAUACGGGUCUGCGGGAGUUGUUCCGGAACUCUUGGGGACCAUUUUUUUGAGGAAAAUGCAUGCAGGCUGCGUUUGGGAGAAGGUUUGAGGGAUGUAACAAUGUAAUCGUAUUAGCAUCAUGUGGGGACAUUAAUUGAUUCUUGUCCAUGUCCAUUUCUGAAGGUUCAUCCCGAAGGCAUUUUGAAAGCGACAAGAGACACUCAUAAGAGAGGAGGUACUCGUCUGAAUCCGCCUUUCAACAGCUGACAAGCCAGACCUGACGCCUUCAUCCCUGCUCUCUUAUACGCCAGGUGCAAUAUUCCCCUUCGUC